GUCGGGCGAUCACGAAGCAUCACCCCGAUCAUGCUCCAAGCCCUCUGCGAACACUUACUUGAGAAGCCAGACCUGUACCAGGAGGAGAUAGCUGUCUUCCUUUGGGACAAGUUCCAAACCCAAGUGACAGUGCACAGCAUCGGCCGGGCGCUGGCCUCGGUUGGCUGGUCCAAGAAAGCGACUCGACGAGUAGCGAGACAGCGAAACGCGGACUUGCGAGACUUCUACCUCUACAAGCUAUCCGCUUUCCGUUCAUACCAGCUGGUGUAUGUAGAUGAGUCCGGAUGUGACAAACGCAUUGGAUUUAGGCGGACCGGGUGGUCGCCUGUUGGGGUGACACCCGUACAGAUUGCGCAGUUUCAGCGUGAGCAGAGAUAUCAGAUCUUGCCAGCGUAUGCGCAAGAUGGCGUUGUGUUUGCGCGGGUGUUUCAGGGAACAACAGACGCCGCCGUGUUUGAGGAUUUCAUCGAGCAGCUGCUCUGCCACUGCGGGAGAUAUCCAGAACCAAAGUCAGUAAUAAUCAUGGACAAUGCGUCGUUCCACCAUACUGAGCGGGUGGAGCAGCUGUGCCGUGACGCAGGUGUCCAGCUGCUGUACCUGCCACCCUACUCCCCAGAUCUCAACCCGAUAGAAGAGUUCUUUGCUGAGCUCAAGGCAUACAUCAAACGGAACUGGAACAAGUAUGCAGAAAAUCCUAUGCAAAGGUUUGAUUUGUUCUUAGAAUGGUGCGUCGAUAUGGUCGGCGCUAGGAUCCCUAGUGCUGAAGGUCACUUUCGGCACGCGGGCGUCACUAUUGAAAGCGUAGACAUCUAA